GGGUAAAGGCUCUCGGCUGAUCAGUGAUACACGGAGCAGAUAGCAGCCGCCCCACGGUGGACACAUUCUUAAUUUUAGUUUAAAUUUACCUGUGAUAAGGCAGUAUCAUGAUGGAGCAGCAGUUAGAUUGUGCGCUGGACCUGAUGCGCAGGCUGCCUCCUCAGCAAAUAGAACGUAACCUGAGCGACUUAAUUGACUUAGUGCCAUCACUGUGUGAAGAACUUUUGUCCUCUGUUGAUCAACCUCUGAAGAUAGCACGAGACAAGAACAGUGGGAAAGACUACCUACUUUGUGACUACAACAGAGAUGGGGAUUCAUAUAGGUCACCGUGGAGCAACACUUAUGAUCCUCCUUUAGAAGAUGGAGCGAUGCCUAGUGACAGGCUACGUAAAUUAGAGUUAGAUGCUAAUCAGGCUUUUGAUCAGUACCGUGAUAUGUACUUUGAGGGUGGUGUUUCUUCCGUAUAUCUUUGGGAUCUAGAUCAUGGGUUUGCAGGUGUUAUUCUUAUAAAGAAAGCUGGUGAUGGUAGUAAGAAAAUUAAAGGUUGCUGGGACAGCAUCCAUGUUGUUGAGGUAGUAGAAAAAUCAAGUGGACGUUCAGCGCACUACAAGCUCACUUCGACUGCGAUGCUAUGGCUACAAACUAACAAACAGGGAUCUGGCACAAUGAACCUUGGUGGCUCUCUUACCAGACAGAUGGAACAGGACUGCCCUGUUUCAGAGUCAUCUCCACACAUUGCUAAUAUUGGUCGUAUGGUAGAAGACAUGGAGAACAAGAUCCGCAAUACGCUCAAUGAGAUCUACUUUGGCAAGACGAAGGACAUUGUCAAUGGUCUCCGCUCUGUCCAGCCCCUACCAGACCAGAAGCAGCAUGAUGCCCUCAGGACCGAGAUUGCAAAAGCACUAAUUAGGAGACAAGCAAAAGGUUCUAAUGAUGAGAAUAAUUAAGUUCUCAUCCCUGUUUCUAAGUUUGUGGAUCACACAAACCAGGGAUAUGAAAACUACAAGAAUAUGGUUCUGUUUCUUAUGAUGGCCUACGCCUGCUAAUGGGCAUGAAACACACGAUUUCAGGCCACACAGAUUAGCCGUCUCUGACAGGACUCGUUAGUGGUGUUGCUCUGGUCUUUGCAAUGAGAUAAUGCUUGGUGAUAUGUGAUUCAACAUCCCUACUCUGGACACAGCUCCCACUGGUAGAGGGACAUAGUGCAUAUAGCUUCAUAGUGUCACAAAACAGAUAACCAGCUUUGUGAAAACAUGAAGUGAUCAAUGAGACACUUGAAGCAGAAAAUAAGUGGCCAGUAAGGCCUUGUGGAAAGAAUGAAGACUUUUUACACUGAAAGUAUCAUUCCACUGGGUAGGAAUGCAUAUUUCUUAAAGGAAAUGAGCAGGAUUAGAAAAUGCUUAUGAUGCUUGCAAUAAAUUCUAGUUAAUUUCAAAGAUCGUAAUUGUUAUGGCUGUAUGAAAUGCUUAAAAAUCAGUAAUAUAUCCAGUUCCUGCUUGAAAAGUAGCUAUACAGAUAACCUGGCUACUUCCCAGGUGAUUUUUUUUCCUAUUUGUUUUAAGUUAUAAGGCCAAAGAAUAAUUUUAACCUUAAAAGGUAACCACACACAAGUUCCAGCACAUAUAAAGAGUGUUUUAAGAUUGUUGAAUUUUUUAGGAAUUUAUGCAAUAUUAAAAUGAAAGGGAAAAAAAGCAAGCUUGGGUGGUAACACUUUAGGUGCUUUCUAACAGUCUGCAAUUCCAUUGCAUAUACAGUACUGUAAUUUGGCGAUAUUAUAAUCGUCAUAAUAAAUGGUCCUUUUACUGGCAGUUUAUCUAAUUGUCCAGAAAAUGGGGGUUCCUUUAAGAAGAACCCAGUGAUUCUUUGCUGAUAUCAGAUUGUGGAGGCAUGUGUGGUUAGGUUCAUUUCAUUUUAUUUUUCUCAGAAUUGGGGUAUUUUUUUUUUUUUUUUUUUUUUUAGACAGGUUUUUCUUAUUCUGAUGGAAUUAAAAAGUUUGAUCAUUCACUUUAAAAAUCCUUGCAGCAAUUUUGGAUUUAUCAUUAGAGUGUUUUGUAAAUUCCCAUUCAUUUUGGGUGAUCCUUCUAUCUUCUCUACAGAGGUGAUUUUAAUGUGUGAUCUACUGUUUCUACUUUUGUAAGCCUAGUCCUCCCUCCGCGGCUGUUAACACUGUGUCAUCGUUGGUAAAUGGUAGUUAACGUCACUUAUGCACCAAUGAUUGUGUUGUUAUGGUUGAGGAAACUAUUUUUUCUGCACUGAUCAUAGUAAAAGAAUGAUUCUGUAUUUAAAAUAUGUUAAUAGCUGAAAUGAACAUUAUUGGUAUGCUCUAUAUACUAUUAUUAUUUUUUGUUCUAUUAUGGUAACUAUACCACUUGUUCUAAUAAGAAUACUUUAUAAAAGUAGUAUGACAUUAACAAGAAAACUUGACCAAGGACGUUCAUCAGUUACCAGCGCAGCCACUCACCUAGGGGUUGUUAGGCAAGCCCGUGCUACUUGUCUUGGGGCAAUAAGGAUCUAGGCAACAAGUGCAUUGAUGUAAACAUGUUCUUGGUAUUUCAUAUUCAUGUGCUCUUUUUGUAAUUUACAUUACUGUUAUGUAUGAAUCAAGAGUUUUCAGGAAUUUAAAUUUUAUUUGUUGGCUGUUGGUCAUGGGUUAAAAAAAAUUGUAUCAGAUUAUUUAAUGUAACUAAUUGCAUUAAGCAUGAUUUUCACAUAAAUUAUCCUUAAUGAGGGAUUCAUUGUCUCGGCUGGGUAUUUUCUUAAUUAUUUAUGGAGUUCAUUAUAUAUAUGGGCAUAUAUUAUGGUACUCUUGCCUAGAGCCUGGCUGAAUGACACUAUUUAUUAUUACUGAAAGUUCUGUUUAAAGUAUAUAAUAUGGAGAACUAUUGAUCAUAUCCAAGUUGUAUUUCCUUUAAGGCCAUGUGAUCGUCUCGUUGUUAUGCAUUUGCCCUGUGUGGCAGACACUAUUUUUGAUCAAAGAAUUGAUUAUACAGGUAUUUGGUAA